UAACUCACACAUUCUUAUUUUCCCAUCUGGAAGCAGUGGGUGUGGUCUCCAUAGAAACGACAGCCAUUCAGAGUGCAGCGACGCGUGUACCGAGGCCAGUGCGUCUCCCGCCCGGAAACUGCGUGGAAAUCACAACGGACCUGGAAAUUGCGAGUUAUCCGAUGUAACUUGAACGUCUUGUGGUAAAACGACCCUUUCAUUCUUAUUGGACCAAUGGCGUAGAAUAAAAACUGAAUUGCGCGCAGACCGAUUGCACUUGGUAAUUUGGCUUCAACUUCCGGUCAGGGCAAAACAUUGCUUUGGAUACAAUUUCACGUGAAAGUUGACGUCCUUUGACAUCGUUACAAUUGUACAUUGUGAACCAUAAUAACAUCGAAUGUAGUUGGAAUAUGUGAGGUUUAGCUUUUCUUGGUGUCAAUAUGGUUAUUUCUUGUUGCGCUGUUGGCUGUCAAAACCGUGCAGGCGGUCGCAUAGAUGUCACUUUUCCCGGAAAGUGUUUCAGUUUAACCUUCAUAAUUAAUGAUUAUAAUUAUGAAUGUGGAAAGUAUAUCAUUACAGUGCAGAUUAAUGUGUUUGGAGCAUUAGAUUUACGUGUAUAAGAGGCUUCUAACGCUGAUUAAUAUAUUUCAGUAUCACAAGUGUAUAUCACAAUCGUUACAAUUAUUUUAUAUCACAGUCACUGAUAUUUCAGUAUCACUGGCAUGUAUCACAGCCUGAUCACAAUUCUUGGAUAUCACUGUCACUGAUACAGUAUAUAUUUCAGAAUCACAUUUUAUCACAAUUAUUAUGUAUCCCAGGUUGUAUAGGUCACUUGCACAACUUCAGAGUGCAAAGUGCAUUGUGGGUAAGAUUUUUGUUGUGUGUCGGCCAUUUUAGGAGGUUGUAAAGAGUUCUUAAAGUUUGUCUACAUACCUGCAUCGGGUUCAUUGUAUCUGCACUCUCUAUGGCGUUUUCCAAGUAUUUCGAGGAUCUGUCGGCUGAACUGAAACCCUACUACAGGCAGAAAAUCAGUUUUUGUGAGGAUCUGGACCCGUAUAGUCAAUCAAAGGCUGAUUUUGCGACUGAAAAAUGUUGGCAGAGAGUGGAAUACCCGAACAUUGUGAACUACUUGGAGGCUUACAAUUACUUUGUAAGCAGGUGGAUUCAGAGUGUCCUCUGCAAAAGGUUGUCUGAAGAAAAGGUUUUAAUUGUUGAACGCAACAACUUGCAUAUUCUUUGUCUCCGAUCGAGAAGAGGAAGCACUGGUUGUGGACCCACACCGCCUUUUCAUCCCCCCGUCCUAAUUUGGGCUAAGAAAGACUCGGACAAGGAUCCAUAUCAAGGUCCGUCCGUCCGUUCCGGAUAACGUGACCCGCUGAAGGAAGAGAACACAGAACUGCCUCAUCAUGAAUUUUGUAAUGAAAGCUGCACUGGGAGGAGGUCCUCCCGAUGUGGGCAAGAUGCUGGGUGGGGAAGAAAAGGAGGAGGACCCGGAUGCAGCAAAGAAAGAGGAGGAAAGGCAGGAGGCGCUAAGGCAGCAGGAGGAGGAGAGGAAGGCCAAAUAUGCCAAGAUGGAGGCGGAGAGAGAGCAGAUGAGACAAGGCAUAAGGGAUAAGUACGGCUUGAAAAAGCGCGAGGAGGCCGAGGCUGAGGCGGCAGCUGCCGCGGAGGAGCCUGCGGCGGGCAGCUUGACCCGACCAAAGAAGGCGGUGCCCGCUGGCUGUGGCGAUGAAGAGGAGGAGGAGAGCAUCAUGGACACAGUGAUGAAAUACCUGCCGGGUCCUUUGCAGGAUAUGUUAAAGAAGUAACCAGUGCCAGAUUUGGCUCAAGUCCUCAACAGGUUUGCUUCAAUCCCAAAACUCACGCUCAGAUUAGUAUUGUAAAUAAUUGAAAUUUGGUUUCUUCAAAGGAGUGCAGCGACUAUUAAAAGAUUUGAAAAGUGAAUUGCAGAUAUUAGGCUAAGCUAGACUGUGUCACUGGCGCCAGGUGUGUGUGUGUGUGUUAGCUUGGAGCUAACAUGGAGGAGAUGAAGCGCAGACUGCAAUUUGAAACUCUUUCCUCUUUCUCUGACUACUUUUAAACUCCUUUGAAGAGCUUGAAGCAACAACAUGGCGUUCUCCUUCACCUCGCUGUUCACUUUAAUUGUACAUAAGCAAUCUAUAUAACGAGCCUCAAGCGAGGCCAAACAAUCAAAUAUAUCCAUUUAUUAUACUGUGUCUGUCUCUCAACUAGAAAAUGUGAUGACUUGAUAAGCCAUAUCUAAAAGACAAAAGAAAAAAAGAGAAUAUUUAAAGACAACUUGUGCGUGCUUCGAAAACCUACUGUUGGUGUUUGUGUCAAAUUUCCGUCAAAGCGUUUUGCACAGUGUUACACAUUUUCUGUGAAAUGUGUUGUCUUUCUCUCUUGGACGUGGAAGUGUGCGCCCUUCGUGUAGCGUAACAAAUGUUUAAUGUGUCUUGCAUGCCAUUUGUCUCAACAAGUGCGUGACUUUGUACAAGCUACUCUCUUUUUAUCCUCGCCUUUGUUAUGCAAAAAAUAUUAAGGCAAUAAUUCCCGAGUUUGUGUUUUUCCUCAUGUCAGUGUAACCGUGAAUAAUAAUAAUAAUAAUAAUAAUAAUAAUAGCCUACUACGGUAAUUAGAAAUAAAGCAUUUAGGACAUUCAAUCGACAGUUUGCAGGGGUUUCUUUUUUCGUUUAAAUGUGGCUGUGUGGUGACUAUGACAACAGACAAGCUUUUCAGCCAUAAAACCGCCAACUGUAGUACGGUAAUAAUUAUUAAAUAACAAGGAGAUAAUAGCGAGUGAUUUUAGACAUCGGUCUUGAAAGUAUGCCGCAACUCUGUUUUUGUUUCCCGUCUUAAUUUGUGGAUAAAUGUGACACCCGUGCACUUUCUGGCAUUGAAGGGACCACAUGAUAACAAAAGUAAAAGUGUUUUAAAUGAUAUUUGAUUUAUCGCUGUACACGAGAAUGAGCCGCUAAAGCGACAUAGACUGUCAUGAGCAAUAAAGGAUGAUUAUCUAUGUUUCUGCCUGAGAAUCAAUAAAAACCUAAAUAUCUUCUACACAGAAGCGAUGUUUUUAUCGUCUUUCUUAAUGAUGAUGUGAAGCUGAUGACACGAGGGCAGGGGUGGAGCGAA